UAGGCUGAACUACGUACGGCGAAGGUUCAGAAUACGCGAACUGCCGCGGGAUUGUCCUCGUUGGCAAAACUGGAUUUUACAGUAGCGUAAGCUGGCACCUUGUGCAACUUUAUGGAACUACCCAAGUGAACCUUAUAUAAUGAGUCCUAGUUGGCUGUUUCCUUCCCCAUACCCGCUCCUCCAAAGAGACCCCAAGCCAUUAUUUCAACUCGUUAUUCCGAUCUAAUCUGUCCCGGAGAUAACGUUACGAACGGCAGCUGGCAUGCAUCGAUGACGGAACUGCAACAAAAGCGUGAGUUAACUGUUAUUAUAAUUAUUUUUUUUUUAGAAAUGAAGUCGUUUGUUCUCUGCACGAUUUCUCACGUGUUGGGGAAGUUAACGAGUCGUUGGUUUUGAGCGACUUAUCUUUAUCAUGGUUUUAUAUGUAGACAGGGAAGAUAGAUAUCCUUCUUUUUAUUAUUAAUUCCGAGGCCCACAUCUUAACGCCUUUAAUUUCUCUUGCUAAGUAUAGUGCUAGGACAGUUCAGCCAUAACUAUAUAGUACAACGCUAUUUCUUUCACAAACGAGUCUGUCAUUCCCACAGACACCAAGCAAUUCAUGGUAUAUAUUUCCCUCUCCAGCAGUGCAAGGUUUUCGCGCACAGACCUCGAACAAUGGAGGAAUGAGAUUGAAAUGGGGGUAAGGGGAAGGGAAUCAGUUCUGUAAGCUCCUGUGCGAUAACAGAAGCAGCGUGGCGUGAGGCGAAUGGGAGCCCCGUAGGCGGCGCCGAAGAGCAGCGGAGGCGGCGCGCGGCGAGCCCGCCUCCCUUGAAAAAGAAGCGGCCGCCGCCGCCGCCGCCACACUCGUACCACACAACACCGGCGGCAGGCAUGCGAGCAGCACUGCAACUCCUGGUCGUAGCGACGCACCUUCUUGUGGCCACGCAGGCCCACUACCUCAACGCGUGGGCUGUACGCAUCCGUGGGGGACACCAGGUGGCUGACCAGCUGGCAUACGAACUGGGCUACGAGAACGUCGGACCGCUUCGAGGCCUCAAGGACACGUACCUGCUGCGCAAAGUGGACCAACCUGAGCGUUCCAAACGCUCUGCACGGAUGUUCACGCGCCGGCUGACUGAGGACUCAAGGGUCGUAUGGGCCGAGCAGCAGAUGGUGCGGCCACGCGAGAAGCGAGGCCUGCCGCCGGACUGGGAGACGCUGCGCUUCAACGACCCACUGUGGGGCCGCCAGUGGUACAUCCACGACACGCGUUCGUCGCCGGAGCUGCCCGAGUUGGACCACCGGGUCACCAAGGUGUGGGACAUGGGCUUCACUGGAAGGGGCGUCGUGGUCACCGUCAUGGACGAUGGACUGGAGUGGAACCACACAGACCUGAUGCAAAACUACGCACCCGAGGCGAGCUACGACUUCAACGACGAUGACCGCGAUCCCUUCCCUCGCUACGAUUCCCAGGACCUCAACAACCAUGGAACCCGCUGUGCCGGAGAGAUUGCCAUGACGGCCAACAACCGGAACUGCGGAGUUGGCGUGGCGUACGAAGCACGCAUUGGAGGUAUACGCAUGCUGGACGGUGACGUAGUGGACGCCGUCGAAUCCACGUCGCUGGCGUUCAACGUCGAAGAGAUCGACGUGUUCAGCGCGUCGUGGGGCCCCUCGGACGACGGGCGCACGGUGGACGGCCCCAAGCGGCUGGCCAGCGAGGCCCUCGAGCGGGGAGUGACCCGCGGCCGCGGUGGCCGCGGCUCCGUCUACGUGUGGGCCUCGGGCAACGGCGGCGCCAAGGGGGACAACUGCAACUGCGACGGCUACGCGGGCUCCCCGUACACCCUGUCGGUGUCCGGCGCCAGCCAACGUGGCCGCUUCCCUUACUACGGCGAGAAGUGCGCCUCGACCAUGGCGGCCGCCUACUCGUCGGGCGCCUACACCGACCAGAAGGUGUCCACCUCGGACCUGCACGACCGCUGCACCACGCAGCACACGGGCACCUCGGCGUCGGCGCCGCUGGCCGCGGGCAUCGUGGCGCUCGUUCUGCAAGCCAACCCGGACCUCGGUUGGCGCGACGUACAGCACCUGGUGGCGUGGACGUCGGACUUCGCACCGCUCAGCUCGAACCGGGGCUGGAAGCGAAAUGCCGCCGGCCUGCUCUACAACAGCCGCUUCGGAUUUGGACUGAUGGACGCGCACGCCAUGGUACAGGCCGCCCUGAACUGGACCAACGUGGGGCGCCGCGAACAGUGCCGGCUGGAGCCGUCGGCGCUGCUGCCGCGCCGCAUGGCCUCCGGCCAGCAGCUGCAGUUGGCGUUCGACGCCCUCCUGUGCCCGCUGGCGGCACUCGAGCACGUCCAGGUGCACCUGGACCUGCAGUACUCGCAGAGGGGCGCCCUGGACGUGUACCUGCGAUCGCCGGCCGGCACCGAAAGCGUGCUGCUCUACCGCCGAGCCAAGGACACCACGGGACAAGGAUUCCGCAACUGGACCUUCCUCACGGUCCACCUGUGGGGCGAAGACCCGCGGGGUCUCUGGGUACUCGUCAUUCGGGACAAGUUCGGUCAGGACAACGUCGGACGACUGAACGCGGUCUCCAUGACGCUGAGCGGGACAAGCGAGCAGCCUGCGUAUCAGGCCGCCAGGAACGGACAUCGGCGCUACGACGACGAAAGGCUGGCGCAGGCUGUCAUCGACCCAGUACCGGAGUACGAAGAAGAGGAGGAGGAGGCACAUCGUGCAGCGGACGCCCAGUGGAGCCGCCUGCAGCAGGCGCUGCUCGGAGAGAACCUGAUCGCCCCAAACUGAGCAGACUCCUGUUCAGAGUUUCAUUGAAGAAGACCCUCUUUCCCUCCCGGUUUUCCGAGUGUGCAGCACCAUCGCAGUCGACGUGGCGGCUGAGGCAGACGUGUGCCGAUCCUUCCCUGCACUGAAAUGUUCACCGGCGGAACUCACAGCGAAUGCCGACAGUGGUCGCCAACAAAGAGCGUGGCGGUUCCUGUCCACGAGCCCCAGCGCGCAGAACGUUAUAUCAAUAAAGAGAGCCCAGGGACCAGCGUUUGAUGAAACUUUCGGCGCCGAAGCCAAUACGUCGUGCGUGUCUGUCCGUUAAAAGAGCUGAAAUAAAUGAAAGGGCUUUCAGAACCGCGCACAUAUGUAUGCCAUGGCAUGUGUGCCAUGUCAAAUAACAGACAAGACAUGCUGUCGAUCGAAAUCGGUAGUGCAUAACUUGAGUGGGAUACCGAAAAAAAAAGAAAGAAAGAACCAAAUAUAGCGUAAAAAUUUGCUCCAUAGAAGUUGGAGGAGCCACACCUCGUUAUAUCCAAUACUUCGUUAUAACCAUUGUCCUUUCUCACCUACAACAUUG